AUGUCUGCAGAUCGUUCGAUCAGCACGAAUUCAACAUCAUCCGCAUCUGCUCCCGUGUCAAAAAAACGUUUGAAUGAACCCAUGAUAGACCCAUCAAAUCUUUUAUACAAUGAUCGUCAGCAUUAUCAGAUUAUAUUCACGAAUGAUUCUCGAUUUUUUGAUACCAGUCUUCAUUUAUUCAAAUCCUAUUGUGAUCUUGGUUAUAUUGAAUCAGAUCAGAAAAAAUCGAAGAAAAACCUACCGCCUUUAUCCUCAAGUACAUUUAAAUCACAAACAAGUGGUUUUAACAGUCGAUGGCGACCGAAACCAGUUGGAUUUAGUAGUAAUCACGAUGCCAAUGGAAACACGAACGGAUUCUUGAAACAACCGUUCGCACGAUAUCACGAUUAUGCGAUGAGCCAUCGAUCUGAUCCAGGCACUUCAAAAGUUAUAACUUCAAAGUUUACACGAGAGAAUUCACCAUUGGUAGUUUCAUCACAACGUCAGUCAAUGCCAGUAUGGAAUCAGCCAUCCGAAAACCACGUUGAUGACGACUCUGAUGAUCCUGAUAUAAUCGUAACAAGAUUGUGA